UAUCAAAAGCAUUUCCUUUCAAGAAGAUGUCUCUGAAACAGACUUCAGUUUUUCUGUUGAUACAGUUCAUAUGCUACUUUAGAAAUGGAGCCUGUGGAAAAGUGCUAGUGUGGCCCACAGAAUACAGCCAUUGGAUAAAUAUCAAAGUAAUUCUGGAUGAACUUGUGCAGAGAGGUCAUGAAGUAACCGUUCUUGUAUCUUCUGCUUCUAUUCUCAUUGGGCCCAGCAAUGAAUCUUCUAUCAAUUUUGAGAUUUUCUCAGCACCUUUCAGUAAAGAUGAUCUUGAAUAUAAUUUUGGAAAAUGGAUAGGUGAAUGGACAAACGAUUUUACAAAACAUUCAUUCUGGACAUAUUAUUCAAAAAUGCAAAAAGCCUUCAGUGAAUAUUCAGACAUCAUUCAAAGUUUGUGCAAAGCAGUAGCUUGGAACAAGAGUCUUAUAAAAAAACUACAAGGAUCUAAGUUUGAUGUCAUUCUUGCAGAUGCCACGGGUCCCUGUGGUGAGCUGCUGGCAGAAUUGCUUAAGACACCUUUGGUGUUCAGUCUCCGCUUCUGCCCUGGAUACAGAUGUGAAAAGUACAGCGGGGGGCUUCCACUCCCACCUUCUUAUGUGCCUGUGGUUCUGGCAGAAUUAAGUGACCACAUGACAUUUGUAGAAAGGGUGAAGAAUAUGUUGCAGGUGCUGUAUUUUGACUUUUGGUUCCAGCCAUUUAAUGAGAAGUCCUGGAAUCAGCUUUACAGUGAUGUUCUAGGGAGACCCACUACAUUAACUGAGAUGAUGGGGAAGGCAGACAUAUGGCUCAUUCGAACCUUCUGGGACUUGCAAUUUCCUCACCCUUUCUUGCCUAAUUUUGACUUUAUUGGAGGAUUCCAUUGCAAACCAGCCAAACCACUGCCUAAGGAAAUGGAAGAAUUUGUUCAGAGCUCUGGAGAACAUGGUGUGGUGGUGUUUUCUCUGGGAUCAAUGGUUAAAAACAUGACAGAGAAAAAGGCCAAUGUAGUUGCUUCUGCUCUUGCCCAGAUUCCACAGAAGGUUCUGUGGAAAUUUGAUGGUAAGAAACCAGACACCUUAGGAUCCAACACUCGGCUGUACAAGUGGAUCCCCCAGAAUGACCUUCUUGGUCAUCCAAAAACCAAAGCUUUUAUAGCUCAUGGUGGGACCAAUGGCAUCUAUGAGGCGAUCUAUCAUGGCAUUCCUAUUGUUGGUAUUCCCUUGUUUGCUGAUCAACCUGAUAAUAUUAACCAUAUGGUAGCCAAGGGAGCAGCUGUUAGAGUGGACUUCAACACACUGUCAGAUACAGACCUCCUCAGUGCCUUGAAGACUGUCAUUAAUGACCCCUCCUAUAAACAGAAUGCCAUGAGAUUAUCCAGAAUCCACCAUGACCAGCCAAUGAAGCCCCUGGACCGAGCUAUCUUCUGGAUCGAGUAUGUCAUGCGCAACAAAGGAGCCAAGCACCUUCGCCCAGCUCUGCAUGACCUUAGCUGGUUCCAGUACCACUCUCUGGAUGUGAUUGGAUUCCUCUUGGUCUGUGUGGUAGCUGUGGUAUUCAUCAUCACAAAAUGUUGCCUCUUUUGUUGCCAUAAGACUGCUAACAUGGGAAAGAAGAAAAAAGAGUAGUUUCAUGAUGGCUGAAGUAGAGUCCUGAGAGUCCUCUGUCAGCUGCUUCCAGUGAAAACCUGUUGUCAGUCCAGGUGCCUUCCCUCUGAAACAACACAGUGUCAGGACUUCAUUGAAUAUGGCUCUCAUGGAUUCACUCUGUGUUGGAGACAUGCAAGAUUUCAUGCCAAAUAUACACUCAGGGUUCUAAAAGCAAACUUAUGUGUUCAGUUUAGAAUGUUUUGAUGUAACUGAGGAUCUAUGCCCAGA